AUGGCGGAGAAAGUGCCGGGAGAGUCGGUGGCAGCAGUGAGCAGUGGCCAAACAGAACUGAAUCAAUCUGUAUAAAAAUCUUAGAGAAGGUAGCAAAAAAGAGAGAGACAGAUACGUCUUGUAAUUAUUAAAGGGACUGUCUAGUUAUUGUUUUCCCAUAAAUUUUUUCCCCCUUUGGUGUGGGUUGAAUUGUGCUGAGCUUUUUUUCCAGAAUAUUCUGCCCCCAUCAUUUGUGUGACGGUGGUGCCGGUGAAUGUGAGAAGCAGAAUCGCUCGGGUCGGAGGACAUGGCGAGCGACAAGCCGGCGCAGCCGGUAAACACACAGCCUGCGGCUGCGGUUGGAGCGGGAGGCGGCGGUCUGGAGCUCGAUCCCAAGCUGCAGCUACAGCCACAGCCAGCGGCGGCGGAGAUGGUGGGUUCGAUGGUGUCCAUCUCCGGAAUUAACCCGUCGGUGCCCAUCAGGAAUAUAAAGAUGAAAUUCGCCGUUGUCAUCGGUCUGAUCCAAGUCGGGGAGGUCAGCAACAGGGACAUCGUAGAAACUGUGCUCAACCUGCUGGUUGGUGGAGAGUUUGAUUUGGAAAUUAACUUCAUUAUUCAGGAUGCGGAAAGUAUAACGUGCAUGAUUGAACUUCUUGAACACUGUGAUGUCACCUGCCAGGCAGAGAUUUGGAGUAUGUUCACAGCUAUACUACGCAAGAGUGUACGGAACCUGCAAGCAAGCACGGAGGUUGGCCUUAUUGAGCAAGUACUGAUAAAGAUGAGCAAAGUGGACGACAUGAUAGCAGAUCUGCUGGUUGACAUGUUGGGUGUUCUAGCCAGUUACAGUAUCACUGUCAAGGAACUCAAACUGCUUUUCAGCAUGCUUCGUGGAGAAAAUGGAUUCUGGCCAAGGCAUGCAGUUAAAUUGCUGUCAAUUCUGAAUCAGAUGCCACAAAGACAAGGCCCAGAUACUUUUUUCAACUUCCCUGGACGGAGUGCAGCAGCCAUUGCUUUGCCUCCUAUUGCUAAGUGGCCUUAUCAGAAUGGCUUUACCUUAAAUACCUGGUUUCGCAUGGAUCCAUUAAAUAAUAUAAACGUGGACAAGGAUAAGCCGUAUCUCUAUUGUUUUCGAACAAGCAAAGGAGUUGGCUAUUCGGCACAUUUUGUGGGAAACUGUUUGAUAGUGACAUCAUUGAAAUCAAAAGGAAAAGGCUUCCAGCAUUGUGUUAAGUAUGAUUUUCAACCUAGAAAGUGGUACAUGAUUAGCAUUGUGCACAUCUACAAUCGUUGGCGGAAUAGUGAGAUCCGUUGUUAUGUCAAUGGUCAGCUAGUUUCCUAUGGAGAUAUGGCUUGGCAUGUCAACACUAAUGAUAGCUUUGACAAAUGCUUUCUAGGAUCUUCAGAAACUGCAGAUGCGAAUAGAGUAUUUUGUGGUCAACUUGGAGCAGUCUAUGUAUUUACAGAAGCACUUAACCCAGCACAAAUAUUUGCAAUUCAUCAGUUGGGACCUGGAUACAAGAGUACUUUUAAAUUUAAGUCUGAGAGUGACAUCCAUCUUGCUGAACAUCACAAGCAAGUAUUGUAUGACGGGAAGCUGGCCAACAGUAUUGCUUUCACAUACAAUGCCAAAGCAACUGAUGCACAGCUUUGUCUUGAAUCAUCACCAAAGGAAAACCCUUCAAUAUUUGUACAUUCUCCACAUGCACUGAUGUUGCAGGAUGUCAAAGCAAUUGUGACACAUUCAAUCCACAGUGCAAUCCAUUCUGUUGGUGGGAUUCAAGUUCUUUUCCCACUUUUUGCACAGUUGGACUGUCAUCAGCCAAAUGACACUCAAAUAGAGACUACGGUUUGUGCAACCCUUUUGGCAUUUCUGGUUGACCUGCUGAAGAGCUCAGUUGCCAUGCAAGAGCAAAUGUUGGGUGGGAAAGGAUUCUUAGUAAUUGGUUACCUGUUGGAAAAGUCAUCCAGAGUCCACAUAACACGUGCUGUUCUUGAACAAUUUUUAUCCUUUGCUAAAUAUCUGGAUGGUUUGACUCAUGGAGCACCCUUAUUAAAGCAGUUGUGUGAUCAUAUUCUAUUUAAUCCUGCUAUCUGGAUUCAUACUCCUGCGAAGGUACAGCUUUCACUAUAUACUUAUUUGUCUGCUGAAUUCAUUGGUACGGCUACUAUCUACAGUACUAUCCGUAGAGUAGGCACUGUACUGCAGCUAAUGCAUACUCUCAAAUAUUACUACUGGGUAAUUAAUCCAUCUGAUUGCAGUGGUAUAUCUUCCAAAGGCCAAGAUGGUCCUCGUCCAUCGCAGAAAGAAAUUAUUUCAUUACGAGCUUUUAUGCUGCUAUUUUUGAAGCAAUUAAUUUUGAAGGAUCGUGGUGUGAAGGAAGAUGAACUUCAGAGUAUUCUUAACUACCUUUUGACUAUGCAUGAGGAUGAAAAUAUUCAUGAUGUUCUGCAACUACUAGUUGCAUUGAUGUCAGAGCACCCUGCAUCCAUGAUCCCUGCUUUUGAUCAGCGAAAUGGAAUACGGGUUAUUUACAAAUUGCUGGCCUCCAAAAGUGAAAGCAUCAGAGUUCAAGCUCUAAAAGUUCUGGGAUACUUCCUCAAGCACCUAGGCCACAAAAGGAAAGUGGAAAUCAUGCACACGCAUAGUUUAUUUACUUUGCUUGGAGAAAGGCUAAUGCUUCACACCAAUACUCUUACUAUAACAACAUACAACACACUGUAUGAGAUUUUAACUGAACAGGUGUGUACUCAAGUUGUUCACAAGCCUCAUCUGGAACCAGACUCAACUGUAAAAAUUCAAAAUCCAAUGAUUCUCAAGGUAGUUGCUACUUUGUUGAAGAAUUCGACACCAAGCAAUGAACUAAUGGAAGUUAGGCGACUGUUUUUAUCAGAUAUGAUAAAACUUUUUAGUAAUAGCCGGGAAAAUAGAAGAUGCCUUUUGCAGUGUUCAGUCUGGCAAGACUGGAUGUUCUCUCUUGGAUAUAUAAAUCCAAAAUGCUCAGAUGAACAGAAAAUUUCAGAGAUGGUGUACAACAUCUUCCGUAUCCUUCUGUACCAUGCAAUUAAAUAUGAGUGGGGAGGUUGGCGCGUUUGGGUCGAUACACUUUCCAUAGCACAUUCCAAGGUCACUUAUGAAGCUCACAAAGAAUAUUUGGCCAAGAUGUAUGAAGAAUAUCAAAGACAAGAAGAAGAAAACAUCAAAAAAGGGAAAAAAGGAAAUGUCAGUACAAUCUCUGGUCUUUCAUCUCAAGCAGUUGGUUCUAAAGGAGGCAUAGAAAUCAGAGAAAUUGAAGAUGUUUGCCAGACACAGAGCCCCGAGAGUGAAACAGACUAUCCUGUCAGCACAGAUUCUAAAAAUCUCUUGGUUGAAGCAAGAGUAUCUGGUAAUGGAGCAGGUGGUCCAGACAGACCCACAACUGGAGUACAUGUGGAGGUUCAUGAUCUCUUGGUGGAUAUCAAAGCUGAAAAGGUAGAUGCCACUGAAGUAAAGCUUGAUGAUCUGGAUCUGUCACCUGAGACAUUGGUAGCUGCAGAGAGCUGCAAUCUGGUAGAAGUAGAAUCACUGCUGGACAAUGUGUAUACCUCUGCUGUUGAGAAACUUCAGAGCAAUAUUGGUAGCAGCUCCAUGACACAACAAAGGGAACAAAGGGACAGUGGUCCUUUGAUAUCUUUAGUAGAUGAAAAAGAUGAUGAGUCAAUUAAUUGUACCUCAUUUACUUUUGAUAAAGCAACAAGCCAUCAAGAAAAGCUUUUGGCUGACCUGCCCUCUGCUGACAAUCUUUCUCUUGCAAAUGUAUCAGAGAACCAAAUACAUACCAGCGCUAGUGAUGAUUUGGGGCUAUUGGCUCAUAUGACUAGUAAUUCAGACAAUACUAGUCCAAAACCUAUAACUGAGGAUAAGAAUUUUAAAAUCUCAACAAAUUUGGAAGAAAUGUGUAUUCUGACUGAAUCAGAAGGAAUUGUUCCAAAAGUAUAUGCUGAAAUGAUUGGUACACCAAUUGAUUCGGAACUGUCUUUGAAAAAGUCUGUGGGUAACCUAGAUGCUUCUAGCACAAUAUCUGAUACUGACAGAUCAGAUGAUGGAAAAGAAACAGGAAAGGAAAUAAAGAAGAUCCAAACCACUGCUACAACCCAAGCUGUUCAAGGGCGAGGAAGUGGAUCGCAAGAAAGAGAUCUGCGUGUUGAUCUGGGUUUUCGAGGAAUGCCAAUGACUGAGGAACAGCGCCGGCAGUUUAGUCCAGGGCCACGCACCACUAUGUUUCGCAUCCCUGAAUUUAAAUGGUCUACGAUGCAUCAACGCCUAUUGACGGAUCUGCUCUUUGCAUUGGAAACAGAUGUACAUGUUUGGCGGAGUCAUACUUCAAAGUCGGUGAUGGAUUUUGUGAAUAGCAAUGAGAAUAUUAUUUUUGUCCACAAUACAAUUCACCUCAUUUCUCAGAUGGUGGACAACAUCAUCAUUGCUUGUGGUGGAAUUUUGCCUUUGUUAUCAGCAGCCACAUCCCCCACGGGUUCCAAAACCGAACUUGAAAACAUCGAGGCAACCCAAGGCAUGUCAACAGAGACAGCAGUAACAUUUUUAAAUAGGCUAAUGGCCAUGGUUGAUGUGUUGGUUUUCUCAAGCUCACUCAAUUUCAGUGAGAUUGAAGCAGAAAAGAAUAUGUCAUCAGGAGGCUUAAUGCGUCAGUGCCUGAGGCUUGUUUGCUGUGUUGCUGUCAGAAAUUGUCUUGAAUGUCGACAGAGACAAAGGGACAGGGUGGCUAAAACUUCACUAGCUAACAAUAAGAUUCAAGAAAAUCUUCAAAGUGUAACCGGAUCUAAUACAUCUAAGACUGCAGUCGAAAGUGUCACUGGCAACCUUUCUCCAAUUAAAGAUCCUGAUCGAUUACUGCAAGAUGUGGACAUUAAUCGUUUGCGGGCUGUUGUCUUUCGUGAUGUGGAUGACAGUAAACAGGCCCAGUUUUUGGCUUUGGCUGUUGUGUACUUUAUCUCUGUGCUCAUGGUCUCAAAAUACAGAGACAUACUGGAACCACAGCGUGAAAUUGCGAGAUCUGGAAGUCAGACAAGUCGAAAUAUUCGGCAGGAAAUAAAUUCACCAACAAGUACAGAGAAUCCUGUUACUUUUCCUGAGAACAGCAAAGAUAAAGAAAUUCUGACACCAAUUGAAGAUAUGCAGAUUGAUAGCUGUAUUCCACAUAGUGAUUCGGGCAUUGGAGAGGAGCAAAUAGCUGGUCUUAUGAAUGGCUCUGAUUUGGAAAUAAUUACUAGAUCAGAUGCAAUGAGUGAACUUCUAUCUUCCUUGUCCUCUGAAGUAAAGAGAUCCCACGAAAGUUUAGCUGAUGCUCAAAUUGAAGUGCUAAAGCCCCCCUCAUCCAUAUCAAGUGUAAGCCAAGGAAAAGGAAUGAAUGUGAAGGAGAUUUUAAAAAGUCUAGUUGCAGCACCCAUGGAAGAUGCAGAAUCCGGUCCUGAACCUGUAUUGUAUCCUGAUCCUACAGUGAAAAGAGAAGCGCAACCUAUUCUUCCAAUGCAGUUUCAUUCCUUUGACAGGAGCGUUGUUGUUCCAGUAAAGAAACCUCCACCAGGGAGCCUGGCCAUCAAUACAGUUGGUGGCUCUAGUUCUGCUAGUCUUGUCACUGGGAGUGCAACGAAUAUAAUUUCUCCUGCAGCAGCCACACCAAAAAGUAUGAUAAAUACUACAGGUGCUGCAGAGGCUGCUUCCACUUCUUCCUCCUCUUCCUCUUCCAGCUUUGUGAAUGGUGCCACCAGCAAGAAUCUUCCAGCAGUGCAGACUGUUGCUCCAAUGCCAGAAGAUUCAGCUGAGAAUUUGAGCAUCACAGCAAAACUAGAACGGGCCCUUGAAAAGGUUGCUCCACUGUUGCGUGAGAUCUUUGUGGAUUUUGCUCCAUUUCUUUCAAGAACUCUCCUGGGCAGCCACGGCCAAGAGUUGUUGAUCGAAGGCCUGGUGUGUAUGAAGUCUAGUACCUCUGUUGUAGAACUGGUUAUGUUACUAUGUUCACAGGAAUGGCAGAAUUCCAUUCAGAAGAAUGCGGGACUGGCCUUUAUUGAACUCAUUAAUGAAGGAAGAUUGUUGUGCCAUGCAAUGAAGGACCACAUCGUUAGAGUGGCUAAUGAGGCAGAGUUCAUUCUGAACAGACAGAGGGCUGAAGAUGUACAUAAGCAUGCAGAAUUUGAGUCCCAGUGUGCUCAAUAUACAGCAGAUAGAAAAGAGGAGGAGAAGAUGUGUGACCAUCUCAUUAGUGCUGCAAAGCACCGUGAUCAUGUUACAGCUAAUCAAUUAAAGCAAAAGAUUCUCAACAUUCUUACAAACAAGCAUGGCGCUUGGGGCACUAUUUCUCAGAGUCAGCAACAUGAUUUUUGGCGCUUAGACUACUGGGAAGAUGACUUGCGUCGUAGACGCAGGUUCAUACGCAAUCCCUUUGGAUCCAUACAUCCUGAAGUCCUAUUGAAAUCUGCAGAAGACUAUGUUGCAGAUGAAGACAUUAUAAAGUCGAAGAAAACUUUCCGGGCCCAGACAGUUGUAAAUCAAAAUACGGAGACCGAGUUAAUGUUAGAAGGAGAUGACGAUACGGUCAGCCUACUGCAGGAGAAAGAGAUCGACAAUUUAGCAGGCCCUGUUGUCUUAAGUACUCCAGCUCAGCUAAUAGCACCAGUCGUAGUUGCUAAAGGAACCUUGUCUAUCACUACCACAGAAAUUUAUUUCGAAGUCGACGAAGAUGAUCAUGGCUUUAAAAAAAUCGACCCAAAGGUCCUUGCUUACACAGAAGGUUUACAUGGAAAAUGGAUGUUCAGCGAAAUACGAGCUGUUUUUUCACGGCGCCAUCUCCUCCAGAACACAGCUUUGGAAGUCUUCAUGGCCAACAGAACAUCUGUUAUGUUUAACUUCCCAGACCAAGCUACAGUGAAAAAGGCUGUAUAUAGUUUACCUCGUGUUGGAGUUGGCACCAGUUAUGGUUUACCACAGGCCAGGAGAAUAUCAUUGGCCAGCCCUCGUCAGCUUUUUAAAUCAUCCAACAUGACACAACGCUGGCAAAGGCGGGAAAUUUCAAACUUUGAAUACCUGAUGUUUCUUAACACCGUAGCAGGACGGACAUACAAUGAUUUAAACCAGUACCCAGUGUUUCCUUGGGUGAUUACGAACUAUGAGUCUGAAGAGCUGGACUUGACCCUACCAGGCAACUUCCGGGACCUAUCAAAGCCUAUUGGAUCUUUGAACCCAAAGCGUGCUGUCUUCUAUGCUGAACGCUAUGAGACAUGGGAGGAUGAUCAAGUUCCACCAUAUCAUUACAAUACCCAUUAUUCCACAGCUACUUCCACAUUAGCUUGGCUUGUCAGAAUUGAGCCAUUUACCACAUUUUUCCUUAAUGCAAAUGAAGGAAAAUUUGAUUAUCCAGAGCGAACAUUUUCUUCUGUCGCAAAAUCAUGGAGGAAUUGUCAAAGAGACACUUCAGAUGUGAAGGAACUAAUUCCAGAAUUCUACUAUUUACCUGAAAUGUUUGUGAACAGUAAUAAUUACAAUCUUGGCAUCCGAGAGGAUGGAGCAGUUGUUUCUGAUGUUGAGCUUCCACUAUGGGCAAAGAAGCCAGAGGAUUUUGUUCGUAUUAACAGAAUGGCCCUUGAAAGUGAAUUUGUUUCUUGCCAACUGCAUCAGUGGAUUGACCUUAUUUUUGGAUACAAACAGCGAGGCCCAGAGGCAGUGCGUGCUCUCAAUGUUUUCCACUACCUGACAUAUGAGGGGUCUGUCAAUCUAGAUAGUAUCACAGAUUCAAGUCUCAGAGAGAUCUCUGAAUCUUAUUUCAUUAAAGAUCCUUAUACCUUUCUCCUUACAUCAGAAUUUGUAAAGGCCAUGGAGGUACACAUACAGAACCUUGGACAAAUGCCAUCUCAGUUGCUUAUUGAGCCACAUCCACCCCGAAGCUCUGCCAUGCACUUGUGUUUCCUUCCACAGAGCCCACUCAUGUUUAAGGAUCAGAUGCAGCAAGAUGUUAUAAUGGUGCUAAAAUUUCCAUCCAACUCCCCUGUUACCCAUGUGGCAGCCAACACGCUGCCUCACCUAAGCACGCCUGCUGUGGUCACUGUGACCUGUAGCAGGCUGUUUGCAGUGAAUAGGUGGCAUAACACAGUAGGUCUUAGGGGAGCUCCAGGAUACUCUCUAGAACAGGCCCAUCAUUUGCCAAUUGAAAUGGAUCCGUUGAUUGCCAAUAAUGCUGGUGUGAACAAAAGGCAGAUCACAGACCUUGUAGAUCAGAGCAUUCAGAUUAAUGCCCACUGCUUUGUUGUGACAGCAGAUAAUCGUUACAUACUUGUUUGUGGAUUCUGGGACAAAAGUUUUCGAGUAUACUCAACAGAAACAGGAAAAUUAACACAAAUCGUGUUUGGACACUGGGAUGUGGUUACAUGCUUGGCCAGAUCUGAAUCAUAUAUUGGUGGUGAUUGUUACAUUGUAUCAGGUUCUCGUGAUGCCACACUUCUGCUAUGGUACUGGAGUGGCCGACAUCACAUCAUUGGAGACAACCCUAACAAUAGUGAUUACCCUGCUCCCAGAGCUGUACUGACUGGUCAUGACCAUGAAGUAGUUUCUGUAUCUGUGUGUGCUGAACUGGGACUUGUCAUCAGUGGAGCCAAAGAAGGCCCAUGCCUGGUGCAUACAAUUACAGGAGAUCUCCUUAGGGCUUUGGAGGGCCCAGAAAACUGUGUCUACCCACGACUUAUUUCUGUAUCCAGUGAAGGUCACUGCAUCAUCUACUAUGAAAGAGGAAGGUUCUGUAAUUUUAGCAUCAAUGGCAAACUGUUAGGGCAGAUGGAGACCAAUGACUCAACAAGAGCCUUACUUCUCAGCAGUGAUGGACAGAACCUGGUAACAGGCGGUGAUAAUGGUGUUGUAGAAGUGUGGCAAGCCUGUGACUUCAAACAAUUAUAUAUUUACCCAGGUUGCGAUGCUGGCAUUAGGGCUAUGGACCUCUCUCAUGAUCAAAGGACACUGAUAACAGGCAUGGCUUCAGGCAGUAUCGUAGCUUUUAACAUAGAUUUCAACCGGUGGCACUAUGAACAUCAGAACAGAUACUAAUCACAUGCUGAGGGAGGGUGAAGAGUGAUUGGCAGUUCCAGCUGAGAGCACAAGUGCUACAGUCAACAGCCCAGGUAUAGGUGUUGGAAUGUAAUACCCUCUGUUUGCCCUCCAUUAUACAUUGCAUUACAUCCAGCAAUAGUUGUGCAUUUUGUAUUAUUUUCAUGUGAAAGCAAUCACAGUAAUUUUUUUUUCUUUCUUCACUGAUCACCAGCUUUAUCAAAGAACUACCACAUUAAUUUACAAAUCAUUGAUGAAAGACAGAUGAUUAACAGUAUGUUGAAUACUUAAUGUUACUAUCUAAUUUUAUUUACAAAAAUGUGUCGAGGACAAGUUACAGAACAUGUGCAGUUGUUCAAACAAUUCAUGCUAAGAGAAGGCCAUUUAAAAAGAAAAACUACAUUUGUCUUUUCAGUUUGUAUCCAGCUAUGAAAGAAUACUUUUAAUAAGUAUUACUUUAAUAUCUUUGAUGGAAAUAAAAUACCCAAGGCAUAUGUUUCUCAGCCAUUGCACUCAAUCUGUUGAUCCAUCAUUUUAGACAUAAGGUAAAACUAAUCAUGAUAGAAAGUACUGGAUAUUUAUUAGCACCAUGAACAAAAUUAACGGCUAAUAAUUUUACAGUGUGGCAAUGAGAUCCACAUUCUGUACUAUGCUGACAAUUCACACAGUUUCAUUUCUGUACCCUGUUAACAUUUAUUUCAUGAGGUAAAUAUUGUGAGAUCUUGGCUCUCUUGCUUAAAAUUACAUUUCCAGCUUUCCUAGUAAGCACGAGAAUAAAUGUACCAUGCAUUUGUUUCCAGAGCAAAAAUUUUACUGUAGUAAAGAUAUUUCUGGCAUAUAAUUCUAACUAAAUACAUACACACGGGGAUUAAAAAUCACCUCAUCUUUUCUUUUCUUUUGUAUAAUUGGUGACUGUUUUGUCAGAAGUCAUAGAUGUACAUACUAUGUUGGUAGGGCUAAGAGGCAUGUAACAGGAAUGUAGUUUUCUUGGAAAUUGCAGUCAUGCAGUUUAUUUAAGAAAGAAAUUGGAUUCUUUGUAUUAGCACUUUGCACCAGAAACAUCAUUAUUUAUUGCUGUGAUUAUUGAUUUAUCAUCCACACUGUAAUAGUAAAUUUUAGCACUGAACUCUUUACUUGCUGUUUGUAUUUAAACAAUUAAAACUAUGGAAAAAGUCUGACUGCGUAACUAUUAAGUUGUACAUCUCGUGUGAGCAAUAUUAUGAGUUUUUAGUCUAGAAUUGGGGGAGGGAAGCAAGCAUCUGGAAACCAAUUUCAUUUCAUCUGGAAAUCACAGUGAAAUAUUUUGGAUAUAAGAAAUCCUUGAGCUAUUGUAACGCUGUUUUAUGGCAAAGAUGUAAGAUAUGCCAGAUGUGUGUCAAUUGGAAACUAAAAUUGAAGAAAAUAAAAUAUGCAAAGCCCUAAUUUAUUUUGUUCAUUCUU